GGCGCGCACGACGCGCCCGAGAACACGCUGGCGGCCAUCCGACAGGCAGCUGAGAAUGGAGCAACGGGUGUUGAGUUGGAUCUUGAAUUUACUGCAGAUGGUGUUCCCAUUCUAAUGCAUGACGAAACAGUAGAAAGGACAACUGAUGGGUCUGGAAGAUUGUGUGACUUGACUUUUGAUGAAGUUAGGAGGCUUAAUGCAUCAGCAAAACAUAGGCUAUGGAACAAAUUCCAGGGUGAAAAGGUACCAACUCUGAGAGAAGCUGUUGUGGAGUCUAUGCAUCACAAUCUUAUCAUCUACUUCGAUGUCAAAGGCCAUGCAAAUCAGGCAGUUGGCGCCCUAAAACAGCUCUACCUGGAAUUUCCACGUUUGUAUAACAACAGCAUUGUCUGUUCUUUCAUGCCAGAUGUUGUUUAUAAGAUGAGACAAGCUGACAGAAAUGUGGUAACAGCACUAACACACAGGCCUUGGCAUCUGAGCCAUUUUGGAGAUGGGACACCCCGUUUCAAUUCCUCCUGGAAACAUUAUUUGUAUAUGAUGAUGGAUGUCAUUCUAGAUUGGAGCCUACACAGUUUCUUGUGGCGAUUGUGUGGGGUUUCAGCAUUCCUCAUACAGAAAAAUUUUGUUUCUCAAGAGUAUGUGAGGCAGUGGUCUUCAAAAGGAAUUCAGGUGGUUGCCUGGACAGUGAACACAUUUGCAGAAAAAAGCUACUACGAAAGCGUCCUUGUAUCCAGCUACAUCACAGACAGCUUGGUGGAAGACUGUGAUCCUCAUUACUAGACCUGUGCCUGGUAGACAUCAACCUCAGUAAGCUGUCUCACUCGGGCAGGUCUGAAUUCACAAUGAGCAGGUAUCCACUGGUCCAGACAGCACCUCUAAUGAUAGUUCUGGGAAAAGAGCAGUACUGUACUUCUGCUGUAUGGUCAGAUCUCAAAUGCAGAAAAGCCCUGUCUUACAACACUUGGCAAAGCUGAGGUACAGCCAUUUGCAGUCUGAGGGGAUCAUACUGUAACAUAAAAGGAUCAGGUUUGACAAGCUAAUGGGGCAGCUCCCUGUUGUGUAGGUUGCCUUAAUUCUCCCACUGUUCCUUUGCUUCGUUUAAAUUUUGGUUAUAAAGUCAUAUCAACAAAUUUUUAGUAUCAAAAUUUAAAGUUGUACUGUACCUUGACUUUAGUAAUUUAGUUUGUUCUAUGACUGUAUAAUAAUCUGAGAUUGAUUUAUGGCAUCUUAAAAACAUCUACAUUACUGUUCUCAAAACAGAACCUGAAAAUAACGGUGCCAAAAUAGCAGGUGAGUAUAUUUCCCUCCUACUACAUGGAAAGAUGCCUGUGCUGCAUCUUGACAAGGAAAAGAAAGCCAGCUUUUCCAUGUUCAAUGUGAAGACUAUGAUAAUUAAUGAAUAAAACUUGAGUAUCUUGCCUUCCAGACUUUUUUAAAAAAACAAGGGAGGAUAGAUUAUUUCUUCUAAUGAUACAGCACAUGAAUGUAUUUAUUUUUAAAAGAAAGCUAUAUAUUGAGUGCUGGUAGAGGUAGAACAAACAGAGCUGAAAUGUCUUUUUACUUUGCCUAUUGUUUGCAUGACUGAAGGGCACUCACAAGGGUAUGUGGGAAACUGUAAUCCAGAUUUAACUUGAAAUCAAGUCUGCAGUUUAAUAAACAAUAUCUGUCAGCUCAUGGCUAGGGUAUUCUUUAUCAGCUGCGCACAAGUAGAUUGAUGUGGAAUGUCAAAAAGAGUGCAGGUUGCUUGCUAUUUUUUUUCUGAUGGGUAAAACACCCAGGUGUUCUCAUCACAGCUACCAUCAAUGGGCCAUGAACCAUUUUGGCUCUGCUCUGGAAGGAGUGGGCAGUAGACACAACGGUCAAGGAUUAGAAAGAGCAGAAAACUCAUGUGGAGCCAGCCCUAACACCAAUUAGACUACCUUUUCUUAAUGGCCAAUACAUGGAACUACUAAAUUUAAUAAUUUCAUUUCAGAAGAAUGUGAUACUAAUUCCAACAGAAAUGAGGAAUUUGAACAUUUAGCUGAUUGGUUACUGGCUGCAGGUUAUUCAGGCAUCAUCUCACCAGGUAUCUUAGACCGUGCACUGUAGCGAUUGGUAUGUCUGACCAGGAAGUGUCACCAUGUUUUGCUAAGGUAGUGCCUUGUGCUGCCUCAGUGGUGUUGGAUUCAUUGUUUCCUUGUUUGGGUGUUGCUGUGUUUCAGGAGCAUGCUGCACCCUACCCUGGUGCUCCCUUCAGGGGUGCUAGGGGAAACGGAUUAGCACGCUGCAUGGACGGGUGCUGUCUGGUGUGGUGCUGUGGAUGUAACUGCUCUUGAUAGUAUGCCUCACAGUUAGAAUUGGUUCUCAUUCACAGAGCCAACCAAGAUUUUAAAGAAACUUCUAUAAAAGAUGCAAAAGGUAGUAAUA